AUGCCACUCCACUUUCUCCCCUCGACCACACGCCAUUGGUCUAGGCUUGAGCUCCAGAAAUUUUCCUCUGAAGAAAAAGUGCAAAAAAAUCGUCCAGCGAAUUUCCGACUACACCAAAACUACAGUCAGGACGCCUGUUAUUCGACCCAAUUGCGGCGCAACCAGGGACGAAUCAAGAUGUCGCACAUCGAUUACGCUUUAUACGAGUCCCCGGUGGGCUAUGCCCUCUUCCAGGUGGUGCAUCAAUCGGAUGCCGUGGGUUUGAAGUUGAAGGAAACCCAGGCCGCCGUCAAUGAUUUGUCCAAGUUUGGCAAGAUGGUCAAAUUGGUCAACUUCAGCCCUUUCCGUGGCCAUGUCGAAGCUCUCGAGAACAUCAACCUUGUUUCCGAGGGUAUCUGCUCCGAGUACCUCAAGUCCGUCCUUGAGCUCAACCUUCCCAAGAGCGGCAAGAAGAGCAAGGUCACCCUCGGUGUUUCUGAGAAGAACCUGGCUGGUGCCAUCAAGGGCGACUUCCCUGGUCUCGAGUGUGAGACCGCCGACACCUCUGAGGUUGUCUCCGACGUUAUUCGCGGCAUCCGCCUGCACGCCGACAAGCUCCUGAGCGACCUCAAGACUGGCGAUAUCGAGAAGGCCGGUCUCGGUAUGGGUCACGCCUACUCUCGCGCCAAGGUCAAGUUCAGCGUCACCAAGAACGACAACCACAUUAUCCAGGCCAGCGCCACCCUCGACUUCCAGGACAAGGGCGUCAACCAGUUCUUCAUGCGUGUCCGUGAAUGGUACGGCUGGCACUUCCCCGAGCUGGUCAAGAUUGUCUCUGACAACUUGACCUAUGCCAAGCUCGUCCUCGCCAUUGGCGACAAGAAGACCCUGACCGACGACAAGCGCGACGACCUUGCGCAAUACCUUGAGGAAGAUGGUGAGAAAGCCCAGGCCAUCAUUGACGCCGCCAAGGUCUCCAUGGGCUUCGACAUUCUCCCCGCCGAUAUGGACAUCAUCCACCAGCUCGCUUCUGCCGUUGUUAAGCAGGCCAACAACCGCAAGACCACUGGUGGCUACCUCGAGAGCAAGAUGAACCAGGUCGCUCCUAACCUGCAGGCCCUCAUUGGCACUCCUGUUGCUGCCCGCCUCAUCUCCCACGCCGGCUCGCUCACCAACCUGUCCAAGUACCCCGCCUCUACCCUGCAGAUUCUCGGCGCCGAGAAGGCCCUCUUCCGCGCCCUCAAGAGCAAGAGCAACACCCCCAAGUACGGCCUGAUUUACCACAGCAGCUUCAUUGGCAAGGCCGGUGUGCGCAACAAGGGUCGCAUCUCCAGAUACCUUGCCAACAAGUGCAGUAUCGCCACCCGUAUCGACAGCUUCACCGAGAACCCCUCAACCCGCUGGGGUGAGGCUCUCCGCCAGCAGGUCGAGGACCGCCUUGAGUUCUACGCUUCGGGCAAACGUCCUACCAAGAACGCCGACGUCAUGAAAUCUGUCAUGGACUCCCUCGGCGACGCCGACGAGGACGAGGAGAUGGCUGAUGUCGGUGCCACCCCCAAGAAGGAGAAGAAGGACAAGAAGGACAAGAAAGAGAAGAAAGAGAAGAAGGAAAAGAAGGACAAGAAGCGCAAGCACGAUGAGGACGAGGCCGCUCCCAAGGAAGACGGCGAGAAGAAGAAGAAGAAGAAGAAGAGAAAGUCCGAGGCCGCCGAUGACGAGUAA